AGGACGUGUAACGCCGCUUGCGAUAGCGCCUUGGACUACUGACUCUUUCUCUCCGCAUCCCGCUUCUCACUCUCCCUCCUCCUCCACCACCAUGCCUCGUGUACGCGCGCCGACCGGAGGAGCCUCAGCAUCCCCACUCAAGACGGUCCAGAUCCCAUUGAACGAUGACAGGGAGGAGAAAGCCAAGCGUCUUCAGUCGCGACAAGCCCUGCACUCCAAGCAAAUGAGCCAACUCAAGGCCGCGGCGGCGACACCGCAACGCAAGCGGAGAUCUCUCGCGAUGGGAGACGAGGACCCGGCGACGCCAUCUCAGGACGAUGAGGACCCAUACGGAGUGCGUGGAGACCAUGUCACGCCUAUGAAGCGUGUGCCGAUUCUUGCAAACUUCGAAGAGUGGAUGAAAAUGGCGACAGACAACAAGAUCAACGCGAAUAACAGCUGGAACUUCGCGCUCAUCGACUACUUCCAUGACAUGAGCUUGCUGCGGGAAGGUGAUAGCGUCAACUUCCAAAAAGCGAGCUGUACCUUGGAUGGAUGUGUCAAGAUCUAUACAAGCAGAGUGGAUAGUGUCGCAACGGAGACCGGAAAGCUACUGAGCGGUUUGGCGGACAGCGGGAACAAGAAGCGCAAAGGUGGUGAUGCGGAGAAUGGGGACGGCGAGGAAGGUGAUGACGAUGAAGAGGGGGAAGAUGGGACCAAGAAAAAGGGCAGGAAGAAGGCACAAAGGUCCGCCGAGGCUACGCUCGUCAGCUCAUUCGAGCAGCUUAGGUUGAAGAAGAUGGAGUUGGAGUUUUCGGUCGAUCCUCUGUUCAAGAAAGCAUCUGCCGAUUUCGAUGAAGGCGGCGCAAAGGGCUUGCUUCUCAAUCACCUCUCCAUCGACAGCACAGGACGCAUUGUAUUUGACAGCAGCGAGGAUGCGCAAGCCGAAGAUGUUGACGAGUCACGACGCGACAGCAUGGAGCCAGAAGGUGACGAGACAGUGAGGGAGAAGGACGAGGAGCCAGUCUCUCAAGAUGGACCUGUGGACAUUGGAGCUCUUGGCGCACGAUUCUUUCCGGAUCUAGACCGACUGGACGACCACGACAUUUGUCCGACAAUGAAGACAUUUGAGCUUGGUGGAGGCGACGGAGCAAUGGAUCUGCCAUUUUUGAAGGCACCAGAGAAUUGGCGAGACGAGCGUGCAGAGUCGCAAGCGGGCGAUAAUCAAGCCGACCAAUCUGGAAUCAACCUCAACGAUGAGACUUCACCAUUUGGAAUGGACGACGAUGAUGCUGGCGUUGGUGGCUUCGACCUCGGACCGGAGACUGGGUUCGGUGAGGGAGGUGAGGCUUGGGCAAGAGAUGCUGCAUUACAACCACAAAUGCGUGUGUUCGAUGCAUUGGCCGGGGCUGAGGGUGGUGAUGAUGCCGGCGGCGAGGUGGGAGUGUUCGACACAAGCGCCAAUGCCUACGGCGUGACACUGCAGCAUCGGCCGGAUCAUGACCAAGAGAACAUUUUGAAUUACUUUGACAACGCGAUGCAGAAGAAUUGGGCCGGUCCGGAGCACUGGAAGAUUGCACGGAUAAAAGAGGCCAACAAGGAGAAACCGAGGACCACACGCAAAGAAAAGGAACCAUUUGAAAUCAACUUUGAUGCUCCAAUGUCGCAAGAAAUGGCGCAAGCUCUCUACACUUCCGCAACGAACAACAGCAAUAUCAGCCUGCCGAAGAAAGAGUGGAAGAGCCGGACUCGCAAUCUCCUACCGGACGACAAGCACUUCAAUUCCAAAGAUCUCCUGAAACUCUUCCUCAAGCCGAAAGCGAAGAUGGGAGCAAGGAAAGGAACAUCCCGUCAGAAUGCACAUCUCCUACCCAACGGCGACGUCGACGAAGCAUACUGGGCAUCGCAAAACCCUGCCGGCACAAAUCAUUCACAGCCUCAUCCCAUGGACGACGACGCCGUGCAAGGAGACUACGAUGCCAAUUUCUUCCAGGACGACAACCUUCCCAUGCCCGGCGGAGUGGACGCAGAUGACGACGACGACUUUGCAGACGCCGUCGAGGCUUUCCCACUCGAUGGUGAGGUCGACGCCGCGGCUCCGAUCGGAGCGGGCAUUGACAGCGUGGGUGCGACAGCGGGUGCUCCGCCAGGCAGCGAGGCCUUCGGUGCGAAUCUCGUUGCGCAGAGUCGGAGAAUGCGGCCGGAGUAUGUGCAAUACGCAAGAGUAGCGAAGAAGGUCGAUGUGCGGAGGCUGAAGGAAGAGAUGUGGCGGGGAAUAGGCUGGGAUCCCCUCACUCACAGACCCACCGACCCCGAAACCCCCUCCUCCAACAUGGACGCACCACCCGCCAACAAACGCCCCUCCCAAAUCCCACCCCUCUCCACCACCGACACGGAAACUCUCCACUUCGUCGACAUCAUGAAUAAUCUCCAACACGUCUACCCCCGCGCGCAGAUGUCCGACAUUAGCACGAGUUAUGGGUUUAUUUGUUUGCUGCAUUUGGCGAAUGAGAAGGGGUUGGUGAUUGAGAAUGUAGAGGGGUGGACAGAUUUGACCGUCAGAAAGGAUUUUGAGGCAGAGGGUGGGGGUGGGGAUUGA